AUGUGGGACAAGGUCGAGGAUACGUUAAGAUUGAAUCAUGUGACCUUCGAAGAGACUCUACCCCCCCAAAUAACCAAACGUGUGAUUUUGUCGAUGAGUCACAAAGUGUUUGAUCCGAUAGGAUUUUCCGCCCCUGUUUUAUUGCGUCCAAAAUUGUUAAUGCAAGAAAUUUGUGUAAGGCAACUUGAUUGGGACGAGAAUGUUGACUCUGCGAUGGAAAAAUCUUUUAAGGAAUGGUACCAAGAUUUGCAACUUCUAAAGACCUUGAAAAUUCAACGAAGAAUGUUGGGAAACCCAAAGGGAGAAGAUUCUCUAACUUACCAUGUUUUUGUUGACGCAAGUCAAUCGGCUUACGCAGCAGCGAUAUUUGUGCGAACGGAGACCAUCAACGGAGUGGAAGUGCAUAUGGUGGAGGCAAAGGCUAGAGUAGCUCCUACCAAAAAACCUACAAUCCCCCGGAUGGAAUUACUGGCUGCCACGAUGGGCGUUCGUCUAAUGGAAUUUAUAUCGUCUGUGUUAAAAAUCGAAAAAACAAAGGUGCAUUAUUGGAGUGACUCGUCUACAGUGUUGACGUGGAUAAAGUGCGGGAAUCAGUGGGCCACCUUCGUGUAUAAUCGAGUUCAGGAGAUACGACAAAAGAGUGAUAUUCAACAGUGGAGACAUGUGCCCGGAGAAAAGAAUCCUGCAGAUCUCCCUUCCCGAGGUUGUACAGUCGAACAGCUUAUCGCGUCAAAAUGGUGGGAGGGUCCCUGUUGGCUCAAGUGUUCACCCGAUCAGUGGCCCAAUUCAGUGUAUUCUACCGAUGAAAAUUCGAUUAAUAAAGAAUUGAAAAAAUGUGCUAUAGGCAAAAAAUUCGUGAGUGAUUCAGGUCACGACCACAGCUGUUUGUCAAGAAAGAGAAGAACAUGUCAACUGGUAUACGGAAUACUUCUCAUCUUACUCCAAGAUCAUUCGAAUGGUGAGUUGGAUGCUGAGGUUUAUCAAAAACUCAAGAAAACAAGCUUCUUCCCGUAA